AUAUCAUAGAGCUUUAAACAGAUAAACAUGUUGCUUCGCAUUCGUUCAAAAGAAGGUAUGAAUAGAGUCCAGGUUGAUGCUGGAGAAACAUUUGGUUCCUUGGCUUUCAAGGUUGCAGAGUUACUCAAGAUACAAGAUCCCUCUACUAUUGCUAUGGGUAAAGAACCCAAUCCAGCCAAUGCAGCCAGUAUCUUGCAGUUAGCAGACAAGGCCAUUGAAUCUGCUGGUUUAAGACAUGGUGAUAUUGUUUACGUGUCUUUUGUUGAUGCUCAAGAACAACAGCAGCAGCAGCAACAGCAACAACAAAAAGCAGCUCAGCAUGGAGUGAAGCAAGAUGCAGUGGAUGAUUACUUGGAAAAGCAAAGAGGUUUGAUUGAUCGUAAAAAGGACCCUAAAUUUUGUCGUCAUGGAAACAAUGCUAUGUGUGACUACUGUAUGCCAUUAGAGCCUUAUGAUGCUACUUAUUUGGAAGAAAACAAGAUCAAACAUAUGUCAUUUCAUGCUUAUUUACGACAACAUACAGCAGCACAACACUCCAAAAAUUCAGCUGCUCCUAGCAAUAACUUGCCUCCUUUAGAAGAACAAGAUUUCAGAGUUAAAAUACCUUGUUCUGGCGGCCAUGCUCCUUGGCCAGAAGGUAUCUGUACUAAAUGUCAACCUAGUGCUAUCACACUUCAGAGUCAAGCAUAUCGCAUGGUAGAUCAUGUCGAGUUCUCUGCUGCUUCUUUGAUUGAAUCCUUUUUGAACUAUUGGCGUUUAUCAGGUUCACAGCGAUUUGGUUACUUGUAUGGUCGCUAUGAGCCUUACCUUGAAGUGCCUUUGGGUAUCAAAGCUGUGGUUGAAGCCAUCUAUGAGCCUCCUCAACAAGACCAUUCAGACGGUAUUCAAUUAGCCGAUCCAUGGGCAGAAGAAGCCAGAAUCAAUGCAGUAGCAGAGGCAUGUGGAUUAGUCAAAGUAGGCAUGAUUUUCUCAGAUUUGAUGGAUGAUGGUACAGGCAGUGGUAGUGUCGUGCCAAAGCGACAUGUGAAUUCGUAUUUCUUGUCUUCACUUGAAUGUAUCUUUGCUGCUGAAAUGCAACGCCGUCAUCCAAAUGUAUGUAAGCAUUCAGUCAGUGGUAACUUUGGAUCCAAAUUUGUGACCUGCGUUGUCUCGGGCGAUGUUGAAGGCAAUAUUGAUGUUACUGCCUACCAAGUGUCUGACACAUUGACUGCCUUGAAUGAAGCAGGCAUUGUAGAAGCCAGUAGAAAACCAUCUGUCAUGCGUGUCAAGGAAAGUAUUCCUCAUGAACGCUAUGUGCCUGAAGUAUUUUACAAGUUUAAGAAUGAAUACAAUGUGCUGGUCAAACAAUCUGCAAAGCCUACUUUUCCUGUCGAAUACCUUUUAGUGAAUGUUACCCAUGGUUUCCCUCAAAAUCCUUCACCUUUAUUCAAUCCAGACUCUCGUUUCCCUGUAGAGAACAGAGAAGGUUUGGUGCAUCAAGAUAUAGGAGCACUUUCAAAGAUUAUUCAAUCAGCUCAAACACCUCAACAAUUAAAGACCAUGUUGGCAGAUUUCCAUGUCUUGUGCUUUAUUCAAUCGACAGAUACAUUGACUUCUGAAGAAUUUAAACAACUAUGUCAGUUAGUGACUCAACCUGAAGGUGACAUUGAACAAUUAAACCAGUUGAAUGGCUGGAACACCUUACAAAUGGUCUUGAAAGAAGCAGGAGGAAACGCAAGCGCUUCUGGACCCUCUUCUCAUGUGUCAGGCACAAACACUGCACCUAUCAGCUGUAGGCAUUGUACGUUUGCUAAUCCUCCAGGAAAUGAAAACUGUGAAAUGUGUGGUCUUCCACUUUCUGGAUAAAUAAAGUAUGCAUUUAUUGGCACGUUAGUUAUUUGUGUACUACUUGACUGUUUACGCUCUUGUCAAAAAAUAUAAUUAAGAGAAUACUUGUGAAAACCAAAAUGGUGUUCCAAUUUGAUUCUCGGCUUAUGUUUAUGUACUUCAUUUGACCAAGACAAAGAAAUAACUGCAUUCAAAAAUGGCUCAAUUGAAUAAAAUAAAUAAAAUAAAACGUGUGGCUUAAGCCCUUAUUCGUUAC